CAGCCUUCAUUCCCCCAUAAAAACAACAGAAAGUGGUUGCCCUUCCCAGCAGUGUGUUACGGUUGCACAACAAAAGGAGUGUUCUCUGUGUAUCCUGCGAUAGGGAUAAACAUAAGCUAAAAAGUGUUAAAAAGUGCCUUCGCAUCAAUAUCCCAUUCCGUUUCCCCUAGUGAAUGCGUGCUAGUCUUGUGCGGUUUGCAAAGAUGGUAGUAAAGCAUAAGGUGACCGGGUACGAGGAGUUCACGAAGCUGGCCGAAAGUUUGGAAAGCACCGGCGAACCGGUGCACAUUCUGUUCACCGGCAGCAAGGAUGAGAACGGGGAAAGCUGGUGUCCGUACUGUGUGAAGGCCGCACCUGUCGUCACGAAGGCGCUGGAAUCUGCGCCGGAAAAGAGCCAUUUCAUCACGGUAGAAAUCGAGCGUCCAUUCUGGAAAGAUCUGAACUGCCCGUACCGUAAGGAUCCACGGACCCAUCUGGUGUUUCUGCCUACGCUGCUGCGAUGGCGAUCGCCCCAGCGCCUGGACGGUUCCCAGUGUGCCAACGCUGAUCUGGUUGAUAUGUUGUUCCAGGAUGAAGACUAGAGAGAGACAGAGCGAGCGAGGCGACCAUGUUCCGGAAUGUGUAAAGUUACAAGGAGUUUAUUACGAAAAUCAUUUUUGAAACACGUUGCUGCUGCAGCGUGACCAAUCUCUCGCCUACGGCCACGUCCUUUUCGGUGCAAUAGGUUUUGUGUGUCCUUGUAUUUUUUAUUCCACCAUACAACCAAUAAUAAAUAAACAAAAUGAAGUACGUAAGUCAUCGCUCUA